UUUUKRAACUUCUACUUUCGACUUGAUUUUCUCUUUCUGAAYAUUCAAGAUGGGCCAGAUAGAAUGGGCGAUGUGGGCCAACGAACAGGGAGUUAUAUCAAGCGUUGUGAUAUUGAUUGGAGGCAUUCUUGGAGUAGCAGGACCAUUUCGAUGGUGGGARAUUGGUGCAUAUUCAUUAGUUCUUGGGGCYCUCAUAUUCCUUGUAGAAUACCCAAGAGGAAAACGGAAACAAGGAAAGARGACUGUUGAGAGAAUGUACCAAAGAGGUUUAACACAUUUUGUCAAAGCUCUGGGUGUCGUAGGAAGAAAUUACUACAUCCGUUUUGUCUUUUACCUUUUGUCAUGUGUACCAUGUGCCUUCUUCCUUCCCACAAUCCUUGGUGCCUUCAGCCUGUUUUUUACAAGUGUCAUUUACCUACGAGCUGCUAUAUCUGGCGAAACCUGGAAACCAUGCCURGAGCCAAGAGCUGAUAAGACAACGGGUAACAAUAACCCCAGUCAGCCCCCCACAGUACCGCCCCCUAGGAAUCCCCGAUGCCAAAGUAUUGACAACCUUGCUUACAGAUCUGAUGCUACCAAUCAACUUUAAUACAUUAAUGAUUAAUUGAURAUAAUUGAUAGUUAUUUUUAUACCUUGUGCCAUAAGAGAUAUUUUUAACAUAAGCAUGAGAUCAAUGCAACAUGCUUUGGUGUCAUUUUAUGGUUUUUGUGAAAUAAUGGCACAAAAUACAAUUUAGCAAUAAUUAUUGUUGUUACAAAUCGUUUUGCUUUAGCUUUUUCUUAAGUUAUCUCAUUUAUAAUAAUUACAAUAAAUUAAUAAUUCAAGAUAAUCCAUAAUGUAAGUAACAGGGGUUUUUUUUCAUGUCAAUUAGUAUAAAGAUAUAAAUAAAGACAAUUAAUUGGUUUCAGAGGCUUGUUUCGUGUCCUUGUCUUGUAUUCCUGUAAUAUUAAUGUUUGUUUUCAAGCUUCUUGUUUCCAUUAAUGGAUUAUAGGCUUGAAACCAAAAGUAAUAAAAGGAAUACAAGACUUAGCCUCUGGCACCAGGGUAAAAGAAAAAGAAAAUAGAAUUAUUUUGCAUUACUAACAGUAUUAUAUUUUUGUUAAUACACCUAAAGAUGUUUGGUGUGAUUCACAGCACAUUAGAUGUACAACAAUAAUAUUUGUAAGUUUAACAAGGAUAUAAUAUUUUCUACAUAUCACAUUUGUAAGCUUUAGUGGUCAAAUUAAAGUCAAACAACACAAAAAUCAUUAUUCCAUGGAAACAUGGUAUGUUUCAAUUAUGAUAGCAGUACCACUUUUAAGCUGUCAACCUCAUGAAUUGACAAAUUUGCUGUAUAAUAAAGGUUUAAUGGCUGGUGACUGCUCAA